AUGUCAGCUCCCAGUGAAAGCGUGACUGGGGAGGACAAAAGCGAGUAUAUAUGGCUGAUACGUCCCUGUGAGAUGUACUAUGAAGAGUAUGCAGAUUGUUCAAGUCUAAGAGGCAAGUUUUACCACCAUUAUCAUUACGGACAUCAGGUAGAUUGCAGCAAGUGGAAAGAAGAUCACAAAAACUGCAUCAGAUAUAGAGAGAAUCCGUCUCCAGAAAUCGCUAUGAAAAUAGUUGAGAACGAAUUGGAAAGGCAACAAAAACGACUAGAGAACGCCAGGGGUAAUGACGUCUGGACAUACCGGAAGUCUCCGCCGAAAGAGUGGACUCGUCCCUUGCCGGAGUGGACCGAGUCUCGUUCUGACUCGCUCUUUGCCAAGGUGGAAGCAGCUAAAGACCAAAGCAUCACACUCUCUAGUCCACAGUCGGCAUGUGUCAUUUUAUAACAUAGGCUUCAUCGUAACUUUUGUUAAUAUAUCAAACCAUGUGACAUUAUAAUCCAGAUGCGUGUGAUAGAGUGCGUGGUAGAACGUGAUAAAUAUAAAUGUUAU